GAACAAUAUGCCUUCUUGCACGAGGCGGCCAAGGUUGCCAUGACCUGUAUAAAUACAACUGUAACAUCCAAUAAUAUUGCAGACAGGGUUCAAAUGUUACAAAGGAGAUCUGUGUCUGGAAAAACUGAAAUGGAAAUAGAAUUUGAAGUAAGUUGAUCAUGGAUUACUCAUUUGAUGUCGAAUUUCAGUUUCAGCGACCCAUUAUGAUGUAAAUAAAGUUUGUUCAUUGCUUAGCACUGGGUCUUUUAUCGUUUAGUUUGAUUUUUACAUAUUUUCAUCAUGCAUUAUGAUCAAGCCUAUUUUGAAAUUGUAAAAAAAUUUUAAAUAUGUUAAAAAUAAGUGCAAUAUAUUUUGAAUGUUUUUACAAGACUUGCGGCUAUACCCACACGGAAAGGCUAAGGGAGUAAACCCCGACAGAAAAUCAGGAAGUGGAGCUCCUAAGACGGUCUGUUUUUGAAACCAAUUGCAUUCCAGCAGCUCCUACGACGCCAAUGGUGCCAAGCCGUAUCGACACUAGUUGAUCCCUUGGGUCCACCACUGGCGUGGAGAGGGGUGUUCUGCUGUCUGGGCAGCAGCUGAUCCUCCAUACUUCGCCCAGGCUUUAUCUUCACUGGAGAGGACUCUCCAACAUCGCCAAAUGGUGUGAACACAACACGGGAGGCAGAAGUUACUGGUUUUAAGCCAUAGCUCAAUUGGCGUAGAGCUAGGCGCCAGGGGUUGCUUCUGACGAUGGAAGAGAUCGCCAUGUCUCACUGGGUGCGUGGAGCUCAGAGGAACAUCUCAACAAGUAGGCCACAAAAACAUGCACCUAGAAGUAAGAAAACAAAAUAAAAGAAGACCCCAGCUUUUCGAUUAGCAAGCUGGAAGUGAGGACAAUGUGCCAGCGCAUUACUGCCGACCUGCAGCUCAUAAAAGAUGCAAGGAAGACAGCUAUCAUUGAUAGAGAGCUUAGCAGGCUAAACAUUGAUAUUUCCUGUCUCCAGGAAACUAGGCUCCCCGAAUUGGGUACCAUAAGAGAACACAACUACACGUUCUUCUGGCAGGGUGGACCGAUGGACGCACCAAGACAACAUGGGAUUGGUUUUGCUAUAAAAAAUACACUCUGUUCCUCCAUAGAAACACCGACACAUGGCACAAAUAGAAUACUAACUAUCCGACUAUCAAAAUCUUUAGGUUUAGUAAACAUCCUCAGUGCUUAUGCCCCAACCCUUUCCUUCAGCUCAGAAGCCAAACACCAGUUCUACGAAGAUCUUAAUCAAACAAUAGCCAGCAUACCCAACAACGAAGCAAUUUACCUUUUGGGUGAAUUCAAUGCAAGAGUAGGAAGCGAUCACAUGACCUGGCCAACAAUCCUUAAUCAUUUCGGAAGAGGCAGACUGAAUGAAAAUGGGCAGAGACUAUUGGAACUGUGCUGCCUACAUGAACUAUGUGUAACUAACACCUACUUCAACUGUAAGGCUAUCCACCAAGUGUCAUGGAGGCAUCCCCGCUCUAAACACUGGCACAUGUUAGAUCUCAUAAUCACAAGACGCCCAUAGCUGGCUUGUGUCCUCCUCACAUGCAUCUACCACAACGCAGACUGCGACACUGAUCAUUCCUUCGUGGCUAGCAAGAUAAGGCUACAGCCAAAGAAACUAUCACACCAAAAACAAGAGUAAACCACGCAAAAACAUCUGCUCCACCAAAAACCCAGAGAGAACAGAAUUAUACAUCCAUAGUCUACAAGAAGCUCUUGUACAAACGCCACCAAUGGACACUAUUGAGUCCAAAUGGUCACAUUUGCGGGACACUAUCUAUAACUCGGCUAUCACGGCAUUUGGAAAGAGAGAACUGAAAAGUGCAGAUUGGUUCAAAGCCUAUUGGCAGGAAAUGAAAUAUGUUACCGAUGCAAAAAGAAAGGCCCUCUUAGCUUAUAAAGACUGAGCUUGCCCAGCAACUCCACAAUCGCUUAAAAGUGCCAAGACAAAUGCCCAGCAGGCAGCUCGUCACAACGCUAACACAUACUGGAUCAAUCUAAGCUCCAGCAUACAAUCAGCUGCUGAUAGAGGUGAUGCAAAGUAAAUGUACGAGAAUAUAAAGCAAGCAACAGGCCCUCUGAUCUCCAAGACUGCGCCCUUAAUGUCCAAAUCAGGGGAAAUCAUUACUGAUAAUGAUAAAUAACUUAAGCGGUGGAUAGAGCACUACUUUGAAAUAUACGCAACGAUAAACCAAGUCUCAACCGCUGCCCUAGACGAUAUCCCAGACUUGUCGGUUAUGGAGGAGCUUGAUACCCUACCCACAAUAGAAGAGCUACGUAGAGCCAUCGAUUGUCUCGCCAGUGGGAAAGCCCCGGGCAAUGAUAGUAUCUCACCAGAAGCUCUCAAAUGUGGAAAAGAAGUACUAUUACGGCCCUUGCACGAUCUCCUUACUCUGUGCUGGGAACAGGGACAGCUACCACAAGAGUUAAAAGAUGCAAACAUCGUUACAUUGUACAAAAUAAAAGAAGACAAGAGUGACUGCAACAACUAUCGUGGAAUCUCCCUCCUCAGCAUAGUUGGAAAGGCUUUCGCCCGAGUUGCAUUAACACGCCUACAGGCCCUAGCAUCGCGUGUACCCCCAUAAUCGCAAUGUGGUUUUCGUGCCGGUAGGUCAACCAUAGACAUGAUAUUCUCUCUGCGCCAACUGCAGGAGAAAUGCAAGGAGCAACAUAUGCCUUUAUACAUUGUGUUUGUCGACCUCACUAAUGCUUUUGAUCUUGUCAGCAAAAGCGGCCUGUUUCAGAUCCUCAAAAAGAUAGGCUGCCCUACAAGACUGCUUAACAUCAUCAAGCAGUUCCACGAAAACAUGCAGGGCACAGUGUGCUAUAACGGUGCCGCCUCAGAAGCUUUUCCAGUGAGUAGUGGAGUAAAGCGAGGGGAUAUACAUCCACACAGGAGAUGACGGCAGAUUAUUCAACUUUGCCCGCCUUAGAGCUAAGACUAAAAUAAGAAAGGUCUUGCUGCGGAAGUUCUUGUUUGCGGACGAUGCCGCUUUGGUAUCUCACACAGCAGACGGCCUGCAGAGCCUCGUAUCCAGCCUAUCCGCUGCCUGCAAAGAGUUUGGUCUGCAAUUAGCCUUAAGAAAACUAACAUUAUGGCACAGGGCACUGACUCCCUCCCAACUAUCGACGACUACGACUUGGAUACUGUUGACAGAUUCACAUAUCUGGGAUCCUCAUAUCGAGGACCCUCUCAAUGGAGGAUGAGAUAAGUGGAAGGAUAGGGAAGUCCGCAACUGUUAUUGCCAGACUGAAGAAAAGAGUCUGGUGAAACGCCAAACUCACAACAAGAACUAAGCUGCAGGUGUAUCAGGCCUGCGUACUGAGCACACUCCUGUAUGGAUGCGAGUCGUGGACCACAUACUCUAAACAAGAAAGAAGGCUCAAUGGCUUCCACCUCAGAUGCCUGCAUCACAUCUUUGACAUUAAAUGGAAAGCAAAGUCCCCAACACUGAUGUCCUGUCCCAAACAAACUUGUGUAGCGUCCCAGCCAUGUUAAUCCAAAGACGCCUCCGUUGGCUUGGACACAUCAAGCGAAUGAAACCUGGUCGCAUACCAAAAGGCGUGCUAUACAGAGAGCUGGCGACAGGGAAAAGGUCAGUUGGACGGCCUCGUCUGAGAUACUUAGACAAAUGCAAAAGAGACAUGAAGUCGGCCAACAUCGAUAUCUCAAACUGGGAGGAGGUGGCAGAGGAUCGAUCCUCAUGGCGGGGCAUCGUGAAGGCAGGAUCACUACAUGCCGAGGAUCAAAACAGGGUGGAAAAAGCUGCAAAAAGAGCGAGGAGGAAGGCCGGUAAAUACUGCUCCACCGCAUUCGUGUGUGGGAAAUGUAACAGAGACUGCUAUUCGAGGAUUGGUCUCACCAGCCACACCAAGAGCUGCAAGAAAUAAAGAUAAUCUAUCGUCUCCCGCAGACGGAAAGAUGCCAUACAGAUAAGAUUCUUCAUACAUGCCAUUGUGUUUAAAAUACAUUGUGCAUCAUCCUUUCCCGUCCUCUAUUUUAAGACUUUAACCUGGAACAAUAGUUAAAACAUACUACGAUAUUUUAUAGUAUUAAGGAAUUGCAAAAAAACAAAAAAAAAACAGCUAUGAUAUGCCGUAAGACAUCCCUUUAAUAAUGACACUAAUAAAUAAAAGAGUGAAUAUAUAACUCGAUAUCACUCUAGCAAGCACGCUCGUAAACGUUCUUAAAGUUAUUAAAGAUAAAUAAUAAUAAUUAAAUAUAUAAUUUUCUAUAAUUUUUACUGGUUGCAUGAUGUAUAGGCUGUGUGCAGAGUGAGUGUAGAUGAUAGCCAAAUAACUGAUGAAGAAG